AUGGCAUCAUUGAUUCUUGCAGAUCAGAUGCUUUCCGAGCUUGGAAGGCCGUGGAAGUACUGGAAGAGCCUUGCAACAUUUGCCUAUACCUCCAGAGAUGUCGCAAAAAAAUUGUAUGACGCAUGGGUCAAACGUUUUGGCGCUCUGGAUGCCAAAUCUCGUGUGAAAAGUUUAUUUCCAAAACCGGCUUCACAGCGCUGGGGUCGAGUACAUGAAUUGGAAUCAAGGAUCAUGCGUGCCGGCUUCCUCAAUCUUGCUGUGUGUUUGGCCGAGAUUCUUACAAGCAAAUUUGUUGACAUGAGUGAGGUUGCACCAUUGGAAUCAUGCUCUUCAUCAGACCAGGGAUGGGAGGCAUUAUCUGUGAUUAAGUCUUGCAUUCGGUGUACAAAGGACAAGCAGCAGAAGCAGAAGAAAGAAAUUGACGCAGGCAAAACAUCAGCAACUCCGGAUGUGUUGUCGGUCGAGCAAACAAAAGCGUACACAAUUCAAAUGUCAAAGUGGAGAGGAAAUGCGGGCCUGUGGACGGCCAUUCAGGCAGACGUUGACAAAGACGACCUUCAGUGCAAAUGGUCUCUGUUCAAACCUGUAGCAGAGAAAGUGCGUGAGCAAUGUUUGAAGUGCUGGGAUGAUGUUGUAGGCGUUCAAGCCAAUCCAUUUCGUUGGAAACCGAAUGAGGCAGCUCAGGGGCUGUUGCAACCAGAUGUUUUGAUCAAGGAAUAUGUCAAGCUCAGACCACGUCUAAACUGUUCCACUGUGAGAUAUGCCUGGGCUGCGUCCUACAACAUGGUUGUGCACAAGAAUUUGAAUCCGACUGGGGUUGACCCAGUUGUGUUGGUCAUUGGAGUACGAAGGAAUGGAAGGAAAACAUCAUUUGAUUUCUACGUUUCUGCUGAGGUUGUCCGUAGGAAACACAUUGUUUGUCAUGCGACAGCGCUAGCUACAGUGGGAGAUCGUCAAGUUACAAUCCGCAAAUUGCAAGGGUUUUCUCCUUUUGUCAAGCUUAUCGAAGCACAAUACGACAAUGUCUCUGCAGGGCAUACAGUGACCGUCAUGCAAGCUUUCGGUAAGGUUGUUCAGAACCAGACUGUCACCAAUGAUCCUGAUUGUACACCGGUCGUCACUGUAUUGGCAGAUUGUCGGUUGGUUUCUUUGGUGCGCUUGCAGAAGCCAACAGCCUCAUUUCUGAAACGAUGUCAGGGGAACUCCAAUUCCAAAUCAGCCAAGGUUGUUCAUCACGGUGACCCAUCACACUCAGAUGGGCCUGAGGUUGACCACCGCGUUGAUGAUGAACAACAUACCAAAGAACAAGAAUUGGGAUUGAACCUACUGGCAGAGGAAGCUGAAGCAAAUGACUCUGGGACAUCCGGUGACGCAAAUGAUCAGAACAAUGAUGAAGUCACUGGUGAUGAUGAUGUGGUGGAUGGGGAUUUUCAUUGCUAUGUUGCACAGGGUUUGGCUUCAUCCUUCCACCCCAAUGUUUUCAAUGAUGAUGAAGCUUUGGAACGUGAAGCAUCGUCAUGGAUGGGGGAGAUGACACAUGAGGACCUAGUUGCAAACCACGACAAAGCUGUAGCCCUUCAAGCUAUGAACUCCAAGGCAUGCAAUUUGGAAAAUCCUUCCAGUCAGAUGUCGAUUGAAAGUGUCCAAGCCCAACUCAACAUGGAUGCUGUUGAUGCCGCAGUUGAAACUGCAUUUGCAGCUGCAUCUGGCUUACCGGCAGAAGACCAGCAGCCCACAGAGGACAUUGAAGGACCACCUGUGGAGUCUGGCUUUGGCGCAGAGUUGGAGGAUUCCAAUGUUCGUUUGCAUCCGGGACAUGAAUGGACUUGCGCUCAUGACCAGGGUGUACAACUUCUUGUCACACAGUCUACACACAGUGGGGUCGAUGUCACAGGUUUCAAUGGGGGUGUGUCAUUGAUAUCUUUUCAUGAUGCAACAUCAGACAAGAGGCAAGUUGCAUGGGUACAAUGGACACGACCUGGUGAAGCAGGGAGAGUUGCAGAGCUGGAUUCUUCAAACCACUUGAAGUCAAUUGUUCCAGUUGGACUGCGUAGGCAUCCUCUUGACUUUACUGCGUUGGACAUGCGAAUGAUUUGGCAGGAUACUGGCAUAAAGAAUGUGAAAGCAAAAUGGAAAAGGGAUCAGGAUAGAAACAAAAUGCCAGAUCACCUUUGUAAAUUGAAAGAAAUGUGGACACUUGCCGAAGAUCCUUCGCAGCGACAUCUGGACAAUGCCGGCAAUCCAUGGGAGUGCUUCAUUUGUUCUGAAGUUGCUUCACCACAGCUACCAGAACAUGAUGCCCGUAAAUGUAGUCUAUGCCUUCUACCAUCUCACACAUGCUGUAUGAUGACACUUGUGUCGUCUUUUGACACGUGUGAGUUUCCCUUGCCCUCGGUUGUGCCUACCGACGCUUUUGAUCCUAUCUUCAAGAAGCAGGGGAGGCCGGGCUGGGCAAUCGCAAGUGGUUCUUGGAUAUCUUACUUGUGA